AUGAUAGCGGUUAGAAAGCAAGAUAUGUCGAUGAUUAGUAUUGUGGUAGAUGAACAUAACCAUGACGUUAGUCCAACAAAAUCCAGGCUUAUUCGUGGGAAUAGAAAGCUGAAUAUGCAAGUCAAGAGAACCUUUGACCUAAAUGACCAAGUCGGUGUUCGCAUUAACAAGAGCUUUUGGUCCUUGGGGUGUGAUGCAGGGGGAUUUGAAAAUUUACAAUUUGUGGAACGAGACGCUAAAAACUACAUUGGUAAGCAAAGACGUGCAUUAGGGAAGGAAGGUGACGGACAAACUUUGUUAAACCACUUUUCAGCUAUGAGGGAAUUGAACAAAGAUUUCUUUUUUGAAAUUGAUAUGGAUUCAGAUAAUCAAAUAAGCAAUGUAUUUUGGGCUGAUGUUAGGAGUAGGGCUACCUUUAUAGAGUUUGAGGAUGUUGUAUCGUUUGAUACAACGUACUUAACCAAUAAGUGCGACAUGCCAUUUGCACCAUUUGUUGGGGUUAAUCACCAUGGUCAUUCAAUCUUACUAGGAUGUGGACUUCUAUCUGUAGAAGACAGUAGUACAUUUGUGUGGCUAUUUUGA